AGUCUCUACCAGAGUGUUGUUCCCGUGCUCGGCGAUUCUCCAGCCCUUGAGAGUUUGGCGCCAUGGCCGGAAGGGGGAAAUCGAUCGCCUCCGUCGCUGCCGCGAAAAAGUCGACGUCGAGGAGCAGCAAGGCCGGGCUCCAGUUCCCCGUCGGUAGGAUCGACCGGUUCCUCAAGGAGGGGAAGUACGCGGAGCGCGUCGGCGCUGGCGCUCCCGUAUACCUAGCCGCCGUCCUUGAGUACCUCGCCUCAGAGGUUUUGGAACUUGCUGGGAAUGCAGCGAGGGACAACAAGAAGACCAGGAUCGUCCCCAGGCACAUCCUGCUUGCGGUGAGGAACGACGAGGAGUUAGCGAAACUUUUGGGAGAGGUUACAAUCGCCAGCGGCGGCGUGACGCCCAACAUCCAUAACAUCCUCCUCUCUAAGAAGACAGGCAGCUCUUCUAAGACUGCUCCUGGAUAUUAUGACUGAAAAAAGAUUCAAUCUUUUUGCAGACUAGCACAGAAUUGAAAAUCUGCUCGGGUCCUUGUUAUCCAUUGCUUUUAGGAUUAUUUUCGCUUUUGCGUUUUUUUAGCUUUGCGAUUGUUCCUUGCCAUUGGGCUUGAUACCGCCACAAGUGCAUUUGUCUUGUGAAAUGAUAAAAGUUUGAAGCUUGAUCCAUCCUUCCACCAAGCUCUCCUUCCCCUUGGUUCCUUCUCAAUCUUUGAUUCUUCCGCUUGGAUCUUGAAUGAAACUCAGGGAGGGGGUGAUUUUUAAAUCUUUAUUCUGUGUGAUCUAAGGUCUUCUCCCUUUUAGCUAGAUUCUUUUUCUUGGAAUUUUAGAUCGCCCCCUUUGAUUCAUCUGCCAAUUGUAAUUGUGGGCUUGUUUCAAUUUUCA